AUUGGACGACCUGGUAUUCCGGGAUUAAAGGGUCAUCCAGGAGAGAAGGGAGCCCCAGGAGAACCGGGCAUGUCUGUUAUAGGACCCCGUGGCCCUCCUGGUCAGCCUGGAACUAGAGGUUUUCCUGGAUUCCCCGGCCCAAUAGGAUUAGACGGCAAGUCUGGUCAUCCUGGGCAAAAAGGGGAAAAAGGUGAUAUGGGUCCACCUGGCCCAAAAGGACAACCAGGGGUAGCAGGCCCUAAAGGGGAAAAGGGUCACUGUGCGGAUUACUCCCACAGGGAAUAUUUAGGCACUACUUUUGCAGCCCUACGCUCCAAUCAGAUUCUUACUUUGAAGGGAGAACAAGGACAAGCAGGAAUCCAAGGCCCACCUGGGUUACCUGGGCCACCUGGACCUCCUGGGCCACCAGGACCUCAAGGAGAUCCAGGAUUGCCUGGGGUUACAGGGCCACCUGGAAAGGCAGGGGAGUCGGGUAAACCUGGAAAAGAUGGAAAAGGAUUGCCUGGACUUCCAGGGCCUAAGGGAGAGGCAGGGACUGCAGGAAUCCCAGGAAGGAAGGGGGAAGUGGGUGAAGUUGGCCUACCAGGCUCAGUUGGGCUUCCAGGGCCUGCAGGUGCAAAGGGCGAGCAGGGAGAGUCAGGACUAAAGGGAGAAAGAGGCAUGCCGGGGAUGCCAGGGAAACAUGGAACAAAGGGUGAACCCGGAGUUUCAGGAGAAAAGGGAGAAAAGGGAGAUACAGGGAAUGCACUCAGCGGAAUUAAAGGAGAACCUGGUAAUCCAGGCCAGCCGGGACCUCCAGGACCAAAGGGAGAAGAUGGUGCUAUCGGCCAACCAGGAAUUCCAGGCCAGCAGGGGGAAAAGGGAGCUCCUGGAGUUAAGGGAGAACAAGGUGCUUCUGGACCUCGAGGUCCUAAAGGAGAAACUGGGAAAUCCAGCCUAGUGGAAUAUAAUAGCAACCUAAGUGAAGCAAUACAGGGUCCCCCUGGACCUCCAGGCCCACAGGGUUUACCGGGUCAAAAGGGUGAAAUUGGGUUACCUGGUCCUCCUGGUCAUGACGGAGACAAGGGACCUCGGGGAAAACCUGGUGAAUUAGGACCUCUCGGUCCUCCAGGAAAGGAUGGACUUCAAGGACCAAAGGGUGACACAGGUCCCAGAGGAUUACAAGGGCCAAAAGGGGAUAAAGGAGGAGUAGGACAAACAGGUUCACCUGGUCUUGAUGGCCCCAAUGGAGAGAAAGGAGAACAAGGUGACCAGGGACCUAUGGGACCCCCAGGUCUUAUGGGUCCAAUUGGGCUUCCUGGACUUACAGGAGAGAAAGGCGAGCCUGGUGAGAAAGGAGAUUCUGGAAACACGGUGUCUGGGCCUCCUGGCCCUCCAGGUGUUCCUGGGCCUGUCGGCCCUCCUGGACUUUCUGGACAGAAGGGUGAAGCAGGAGAAAGUGGUAUGAAAGGGGAGAAGGGCAGCCAGGGAGAGAAAGGAGACAAAGGACCUUUGGGUUUACCAGGAACCCCCGGACCAAUUGGUGUUCCAGGACCAGCAGGACCAAAAGGAGAAAGGGGCAAUAAAGGAGAUCCUGGUGUUGCAGGACCAACUGGACCAGUGGGGCCACCUGGACCACCUGGUGAGAAGGGAAACCGGGGGGAAAGGGGGAAGAAAGGCUCUAGGGGGCCUAAAGGGGAUAAGGGAGACCAAGGAGCGCCUGGAUUAGAUGCACCGUGCCCAUUGGGAGAAGAUGGUUUACCAGUUCAAGGCUGCUGGAAUAAGUGAUCGUUCUAACCUGGGAUUGUCCUGUGUGUCUGUACAUAGAAUAUUUAUUUUUAUACAGUGUUCCGUAGAAAAAAACAACAUAUCAAACUUUAUGCAUUUUGUACAGAAAUACUAAAAUAGGUGUUGUCCCUUUUUUUUAAGCAUUUGUGUAUAUUGUUUGUUUUUUGCUUUUCUAAUAUUUGUGAAGAAAUGCUGCUGUAUUUGCAUGAUAUUUGUGCACAUUUAUUAAAUAAUGCUUUUGUUAAGUUAUUAUACUUUGGUGCCAAAAGAACAUCAGAGAAAUGAUAAACGCUUUCCUGAGUAUGAUGGUUAAUAAAAAAUAAAGUAAAUUGAUGAAUGAAA